CGAGACUUCCCCAAAUCUCGUUUGGCCGAACCGCCAUGGCGGACUAUCGAGAGGCGCCCUUGGCCACACGGCCCAAAACACUGGACCCCAAUGAGUACUUUAACGUUUCGCCGGAGUACCGACGCGCCGAGGAAGAGCGGGCGGCACUGCGGGCGAAUUUGAAGAGGCAAUACCAGAUGCAGCUCAACAACCCGCACAGAAAAGAGCUCAUUGAAGAUCCUGCCCUGACACGCUGGGUGUACGCCCGCUUCAACCCUUACAACCACUUCAGACCCACCUCAAAGAUGUCUCUGAUAGGCACCAUGUUUGGCAUUGUUCCUCUCUUUGUCCUCUACUACGUCUUCAAGACAGACAGGGACAGGAGAGAGCAGCGUAUUCGAGAUGGAACUCUGGAACGCAAGUUCAGGUUGUCGUCGUGAGCUCCAAGACGACCUGUGUGUGUUCUCUCGUGUCGGUGCGUGUAAUUAACAAAAUAAACCUAUGCUGUCAAAUUCAUUGUGGCGGUAUAUGCUCAGAAAAAUAGGUGGGAAUCACAAAAUGUUUAAUUGUGUACACAUUAUGAACAGUAAUGUCUAAUGCAUUCAAGAAACACGACAACUCACUGCGAACGUUCUUGAGGUGUUAAAGGGAUGUGCAACUACUCGUAACCUUUUCCUGCCAGCUCCAAGUGGCAAUUAUGGGCUAAAACUCAAGCCUGUAUCAUUAUGUUGAUUUUAGCACAUUUGAUAGAAAUUGCAGAAUGCAUGUUGCGUGACGCAUAGGUUUAAAGGGGGCAACACAUUUGUGACUUUUCUUAUAGCUACUACAGUGGCUUUCUUCUAGUGUUUGCUGGGCUUCCAGUUGGGAUCAAAGUGGCUGCGUAGAUGCUCCCAGCACUGGUAGUAGCUCUUGUCAAGCUUCUGGCACGUCUCCAGACCCCACUUGGUCACAGCCAUACUGAAAGAGGACUCAAA